AUGAAUGGCAUCUCUUCGUUCAAAAGUUACCAGAUUGGUAAGGUGUAUCGAAGGGACAACCCAACCGAGGGUCGAUACCGGGAGUUCUACCAGUGUGACUUUGAUAUUGCUGGUCAAUAUUGCAAAAUGGUGCCGGAUUUUGAGGUUGUUAAAGUUUUGACCGAGCUGUUGGAUGAAUUAAACAUUGGGAGUUAUGAGAUAAAACUGAAUCACAGAAAGUUGCUAGACGGAAUGUUGGAAAUUUGUGGAGUUCCGCCUGAAAAAUUUAGAACAAUAUGCUCCAGCAUAGAUAAAUUAGACAAGCUAGAGUUUGAGAAAAUCAAGAAGGAAAUGGUUGAAGAGAAGGGCUUAACUGCUGAACUUGCAGAUAAGAUUGGCGCUCUUGAGUUGGAGAUUCUAUUCCAAGCACUAGAAAGAUCAAAAUGUAUAGAUAGAGUGGUUUUUGACUCGAGUCUUGCUAGAGGUCUUGACUAUUAUACCGGGGUAAUAUUUGAAGCUGUUUCUAAAGGCACUAUAAAGGAUGGGGGUUCAAUUGGAGCUGGAGGGCGCUACGACAAUCUUAUAGGAACGUUUAGUGGGAGGCAAGUCCUAGCAGUUGGUGUUAGCCUAGCUAUUGAGAGAGUUUUUAAUAUCAUGGAGAAGCUCGACAAGGAACGUAACCAGUCGGUUCGGGCCACAGAAACACAAGUCUUGGUUAGUAUACUUGGAGAGGAUCUGGGGCUAGCUGCUGAGUUGGUGAGUGAACUCUGGGGUGCUAAAAUAAAAGCAGAAUACUUGGUGAACAAAAGAUUUGAAAAGCAUAUCAAGAGUGCCAUGGAGUCUAGGAUUCCGUUCAUGGUAAUCGUUGGUGAACAAAAAAACACUAGAGGCGUCGUUAGAAUUGAAGACGUAGAAGCCAACACAGAGGAGGUGGUUAGAAUUAAAGACGUAGAAGCCAACACAGAGGAGGUGGUUAGAAUUAAAGACGUAGAAGCCAACACAGAGGAGGUGGUUUCGAGGAAUGCUGUUGUCGAGAACCUGCAGAGACGUUUGAACCUUGUACCCUCGGCCGCCCCCUUCACCCUUGUCGAGUAUCUUAGGGAUAUUUUUAAUUUCUUUUUCGGUCUCUUUAGAUAA